AUGAUAACCGCAUUUUAUUUUCUGCUGAUGCUCAGAGUCGGGCGAUGCACAGCUGAUCAGAUCUUUGAGACAGAGACUGUUGGUGUUGGAGAGGAUGUGACUUUAAAUUGUAACCGCCAGAAAUCUGAGUACAUAGAAGCCUUGUUUUGGAUCAGACUUGUUUCUGGAAACUUUCCUGAAUUCUUGGCAGGAACACUUACCAUUGAUUUUGGUGUUGUUAACAACAAGAUUCCUCGCAUUUCAGCAAAACAAGAGCCUGGAAUAUUUAUUCUGCAUAUUAAUAAAGCAAAACCGAGCGAUACUGGAGUUUACUACUGCAUAAAGGUAAAACAACAGACCGAAAUGACAUUUCUGAACGGAACACUUCUGAGAAUCAAAGGAAAAGAACCUAAUAUUACUGCCAUCAUCCAAGACCAUCCAUCUGUUCCACUCCAUCCAGGAGACUCAGUGACUCUUCAGUGUUCAGUCCUCUCGGACUCUGAGAAGAAAACAUGUCCCGGUGAACACGGUGUGUUCUGGUUCAGAGCCGGAUCAGAUGAAUCUCAUCCCAGUUUAAUUUAUGCUCAUGGAAACCACGGUGAUGAAUGUGAGAAGAGCCCUGAGGCUUACUCUCCACAGAAAUGUGUUUACAACUUCUCUAAAAUCGUCUGCUCCUCUGAUGCUGGGACUUAUUACUGUGCUGUGGCCACAUGCGGGGAGAUUUUAUUUGGAAGUGGAACAAAACUGGACAUUGAAGGUGCAAGCAGUGCUGUGCACACUAAGAAAAAGCAGAUGGUACAAAGCAGGACACAAAGACAAGAACCUGAUCCCACUGCUGUCCCUCCAUCUGAUCCAGUCGGUCCAGGAGACUCAGUGACUCUGCAGUGUUCAGUCCUCUCAGACUCUGAGAACAAGACGUGUCCAGAAGAACAAACUGCUGUUGCACUGCAAACAAAUGCUGCAACAGCCAGUGGUCAUCAGCAAAGCCAGCAGACAGAUGAGGACUUGGUUUAUUCUGCACCAAUCUUUACCAGUAGGAAGGCUAGCAAAGGAGGGACAAGGGAUGCAAAAACAGAAGAGGAAGAGAGUAUCUACUCUGACGUCAGGGCUCUGGGGUUGGAAUAA